AUGAGGUCACUCCAUGUGGACAGUCCUCCUCAUAAACCCUGGCUGAUCAACAGCUAUGCCCACGGCACCUCCUUAUACUCCCUGCUCCCCAUGACCGUAGGCCAGACCCUGGAUGCCUCGGUCCAGCGCUGGCCAGACCGUGAAGCCGUGGUCUUCGUACAGGAUGGCAUUCGGAAAACCUUUGUACAGUUUCAGCAAGAUGUUGAUCAGUUAGCUGCAGGUAUUCUUGCUCUGGGUCUGAAGCGAGGCGACCGACUGGGAGUUUGGGGACCCAACACCUACGAGUGGAUCCUUUUCCAGUUCGCUUCAGCCAAAGUUGGAGUUUUACUGGUGUCGUUGAACCCAGCCUAUCAGGUGAAGGAAGUGGAAUUUACUCUAAAGAAGGUCCAGUGCAAAGCGGUCGUCUGCCCCACCAGCUUUAAAAGCCAAAACUUCUGUGAGAUGCUGAGGGAGAUCUGCCCGGAGAUCAAUACAACACCCACAGAGACCCUGAAUCUGAAAAGCUCCAGGCUUCCAGACUUGCGUAUGGUGAUUGUGAUUGACAGUAAACAGCCGGGGAUGCUCCACUUCCAGGACGUGAUGCAGGCGGGAGAGAGUCGGCAUCAAAAGGAGCUGAUGGAUGUGCAGAGGAAGCUGUCGUUUGACGAACCCAUCAACAUACAGUUCACAUCAGGGACGACUGGGAGUCCAAAGGGAGCCACUCUUUCUCACCAUAAUAUCGUCAAUAAUGCGUACUACACCGGCCUCCGAAUGGGUUAUGAACGGAGACCACAGGUGCGGGUGUGUGUGUCGGUUCCCUUGUAUCACUGUUUUGGUUCGGUGGUUGGAGGGAUGUGCAUGGCGGUGCACGGCAUCACUCUGGUGUUCCCCUCCACUGGUUAUGACAGCCAUGCAAACCUCAAGGCCAUUCAAGAUGAGAGGUGUAAUGUUGUCUAUGGCACUCCCACAAUGUACACUGACCUACUGAGUCAGAACGACGCACACAAAUACGAUAUAUCAUCAAUUGAAGCCGGGCUCAUGGGAGGGUCUCAGUGUCCUCCAGAAGUUGUUAGAAAAUUAAUAACAGACAUGAACAUGAAGGCGAUAACGUUACUAUAUGGCACCACUGAGAAUAGUCCCAUUACGUUUCUGGGAUUCCCACAAGACACCGACGACCUGAAGGUUAAUACUGUCGGAUGUAUCAUGCCCCACACUGAGGCUAAAGUGGUGGACCCUAUCUCCGGGGAGAUGGUCCCUCUGGGGGCGUCCGGAGAGCUGCUGAUCAGAGGCAGUUGUGUGAUGCUCGGAUACUGGAACGAUCCUGAAAAAACCCGAGAGGUUAUCGCAGAAGACCGCUGGUACAGGACAGGUGACACGGCCAGUCUGGACAGUAUGGGAUACUGUCGAAUCGAAGGACGCAUAAAGGACAUGAUCAUCCGAGGAGGCGAGAACAUCUAUCCAGCUGAGAUCGAAGAGUUCUUAUACACACAUCCUAAAGUCAGAGAAGUGCAGGUGGUUGGAGUGAAAGAUGAAAGACUGGGUGAGCAGGUGUGUGCCUGCAUCAGGCUGAGAGAAGGCAGGACCUCCACGGCAGAGGAGAUACGAGGGUUCUGCAAAGGCCAGAUUUCUCACUUCAAGAUCCCCAAGUAUGUGAUGUUUGUAGACAGCUAUCCUCUGACAGCUUCUGGAAAGAUCAAGAAGAAUGUAUUAAAGGGGGAAAUGGAGAAGAAACUGGGUCUUUAACUCAUCCAACAGUCGGAGAAACGACAAACGCUGAAAGACUGUACAUAUUAUAUUAAGA